CCAGCGCUCGGUGCCCAAGUAAUUAAAAGUGUUUCUUUGUUACGGCCCCGGAGUAGGGUCCGGGGAGGGACCCUCCGGGGAGAGACCUCCCCCCUUUCAUGCACACACGAACUCUCCUGGCUGCCGCAAUGAUACAGGAUUCUGUGCCGACGUAGGGGGCUAAUUGCAGGUUUGGGGGUAUAAACGGGGAGCUUUACUGUUCUUUUUCCAACUUUGAAGGCUGCGUCUGAUGAGAAAUGGACAUCUGGCUCCAGGUCAUCCUUCCUGUUGUUGACAUCACCUGAAAACUCCACUGAAAAUAUUUCCACUAGUUUACUGCAAACAUCAGCUCCCUCUGAAGGCUCGAAACCUUGUGAUACCACCGUGGUACAGAGACUAAGUGUUGCUGUCAGCGCUGGAGAAGACUGAAGCUGGAAUCCCCAUUGUCCUCAGCCAGAGGUUGCCCUGCAAGACACAGCUGUAAAAUGUUCAUCAAAAAAAACUAAGACUGAAAGAGGUCUGCCUAUGGAGCCCAUCCCCUGAGACACAUCACCUGUGCUCUGCCCAAACCCAGCUGGGAGAAAAUGCUUGACGUUCAGUGACUGGUUUCCUUCAGAGUAGUCUGGAGAGUUUCUUUUUGUGGAGUGCUUGACUAUCUGGGAUAUUUAUCUAAUGUCCAGAGGAUGGCAUAGCAGUAACAUCAGUAACGUCAGUGUCCAAGGAGCUGGGGUCCUUCCUUGCCUGUCUGCAUGCUGCUUGAACCAAUCCCAAGCCUUUGUUUUUUGACCGAGGAAUUGUGAAAACCUGUCUCUCCUAAUUCAUGAGCCAGCAGGAUGUGGUUGCCGUGCUUUCAGAACGCCUGCUUGUAGCUGCCCACAAAGGCCAAGUGGAGAAUGUGGUGCAGCUUAUCAACAGGGGUGCCAAGGUAGCUGUUACCAAGCAUGGCCGGACCCCACUGCAUCUUGCUGCCCACAAGGGUCAUCUCCACGUUGUCCGGGUUUUGUUGAAGGCAGGUUGUGACCUGGAUAUUCAGGAUGAUGGUGAUCAGACAGCAUUGCACCGGGCUGCUGUUGUAGGGAACACCGAUGUUAUAGCAACUCUGAUUCAAGAGGGGUGUGCUUUGGACAGACAAGACAAGGAUGGGAACACUGCUCUUCACGAAGCUUGUUGGCAUGGAUUCAGUCAGUCUGCCAAAGUGCUCGUUAAAGCAGGAGCCAACGUUCUUGCCAAGAACAAGGCAGGUAACACCCCUCUUCACCUGGCUUGCCAGAACAGCCAUUCCCAGAGCACUCGUGUUUUAUUACUUGGAGGAUCUCGAGCAGACCUCAAAAACAACGCAGGAGAUACCUGUCUGCAUGUGGCUGCUCGUUAUAAUCACUUGCCCAUCAUUAGGGUGCUACUCAGUGCUUUCUGUUCUGUCCAUGAAAAGAACCAGGCAGGGGAUACUGCGCUCCAUGUAGCUGCUGCUCUCAAUCACAGGAAGGUGGUUAAGCUGUUGCUGGAGGCAGGGGCUGACACAUCCGUUGUCAACAAUGCAGGUCAGACCCCUCUAGAGGUUGCCAGACAGCACAAUAACCCUGAGGUUGCACUCCUCCUCACUAAAUCAUCACAGGUCUCACGCUUUAACCGUGGAAGAAGCCUGAGGAAGAAGAGAGAGCGACUGAAGGAGGAAAGGCGAGCUCAGUCAGUACCACGAGAUGAAGUGGUACAGAGCAAGGGUAGCAUCUCAGCUGCUGAUGACACACCGAGCAGUGACCAGCCACCACAGAAGAAGAGUGAUCUGAAGGAUGAACCCCAGUCAACCUCACCUGAUCUCAAAGGGAAAAAGAGUAAAAAGAAAAAGCCAAAGGAAAAGAUCUUGGCACUCUCAGACCCCAUCUCCCCAGCCGAUCAGCAGACACUCCCUCGGGCCCAGCAAAACGUGCCUAAGCGCAGAAGUAAGCAUCACUGCUUCUCUCCACCGCCUCCCCACGAGGUCCGAGCCUACCAGCUCUACACGCUUUACCGAGGGAAGGAUGGGAAGGUGAUGCAGGCACCGAUAAAUGGAUGUCGUUGUGAGCCCCUGAUAAAUAAACUGGAGAAUCGGCUGGAGGCAACAGUGGAAGAAAUAAAAGCUGAGUUUGGGACAGUACAAGAUAAGAUGAAUAUUAAGCUGGGCCAGAUGGAAACCAAAACUCAACAUCAACUCCGUGUUUUAGACAAGCUUAUGGCUGAGCGGCUCUCGGCAGAGAGAACAGAGUGCCUUCACCGCCUGCAGCAGCACACCGAGCUGGAAAAGAAAGAGGGGGAGAAACAGCAGAUUUCCUUGGUCGAUGAGCUGAAGACUUGGUGCAUGUUGAAGAUUCAGAAUCUGGAGCUCAAGCUGUCUGGAGAUUCCAGGUCAUCAAGACCAAAAUCAACUUUGUCCACUUGUGAGUCUCUCACUGAGACUCUGGAUACUGAGAACAACCCCCACAGUGGCAAGGACUGUAAAGCCAACCAGCCUGUGCUGCAGUCAGAAGGCUCCCACCAGCAUUCCUACAUCAUGCUUCCAAAUAGCCCUCCGGAAGAUGGGGGAAGGAGCAGAGGCCAGAUGCCAGAACAGAACUUUGGCCAACAUUUUUCCAUUCAACAGGAUGGUGCAUCAGGUACAUUAUCAGGUACAGAGCAACAGUUAAUCACUGGUGGACCAGUUUCUUCUUCUGCCCCUGCUCAAGAUGUCAGGCCAAAGGACAAAGCUGGGAGUGCCAGCACGUUCCACAAGCUCCAGCAGGAGCUGCCUUCAUCCGAGCUUUUGGGCUCUAAAUUAAGACAUGUUAAGGUUCAAGCUGCUUUGCAGCCCUUGACUGAACCUGCAAAGACUGAACCACGGAGUGGCUACUUCAUUGACAAAGGAACGCAGACAAAGAAGUCCAGCAAAAGCGGGCAGUCAAGGCACAAAGCUGUGCACCACACCGGGGCACAUCUGAGCCAAGAGCAGCAGCCCUCUGUCCUGCCUGCAGGACAGCCGCCUGCCCCUGCGCUCAGAGACACCUCUCAGGCCCUGGAGAUAACGCAGUACUUCUUUGAGGCCGUUUCCACGCAGAUGGAGAAGUGGUAUGAACGGAAGAUAGAAGAAGCCCGGUGCCAAGCUAACCAGAAAGCGCAGCAAGACAAAGCUGCACUCAAGGAGCACAUUAAAAGCUUAGAAGAGGAGCUCAGCAAAUUAAGGACUAAGGUACAGAAAGAGAGCUAGCGUCUACCAAGCAGGUAAAGACAAGCAACAGGACCCAUUUUGGAACCUGCCAUAUGGGAAUCUGGAGUACUGGUGUAUAUAUGUAUUUGUGGUGCCUGUUACAUCCAAACAAAAUCCUCUUUUUCAG